CGUAGCCAGGGGGGGGGCUAGAGGGCUGAAGCCCCCCCCGAAAUAAGGAAAUUUUUUUAAAUAAAUCGCAAAUAAAAACAAGUAAGGAAGGGCUACGUUCGGGUGUCACCGAACAUUUUAUACUCUCGCAUGAUAAAGUGAUAAUCGAGAUUUCAUUAUCCGUCAUUUACAUAUUUUUUUUAUUUUGCUGUAAAAUUAAUUAGAAUUAAAUUCUGAGAGAUUUACCGAUAUUUUCGGUGAAAAAUUAGGUUAGGUUAGCUUAGGUUAGGCACUGAGUUCUUUGUGUUCGAUAUAAGGGACCUUGAAAAGUUAUAUAUAUGUAUGUGUAAAGUUUUAUUCCGCUAUCAUCAUUUGUCCCUAAUAUGUAUAUUAUAAAGAGAAGGCAUCAGAUGGAAUUCAAAAUAGCGUUAUAUUGGAAGAAGGCGUGUUUGUGAACCGAUUUCACCCAUAUUUCGUACAUAUCAUCAGGGUGUUAAGGAAAUAUUAUAUACCGACUUUCAUUGAAAUCGGUCGAUUUGGCCACGCCCAUUUUCAAUUUUUAAAAAAAGUCUGGGGCAGCUUCCUUCUGCCAUUUCUUCCGUAAAAUUUUGUGUUUCUGACGUUUUUUGUUAGUCGGUUAACGCACUUUUAGUGAUUUUCAACAUAACCUUUGUAUGGGAGGUGGGCGUGGUUAUUAUCCGAUUUCUUCCAUUUUUGAACUGUAUAUGGAGAUGCCUAAAGGAAACGAUUCUGUAGAGUUUGGUUGACUUAGCUAUAGUAGUUUCCGAGAUAUGUACAAAAAACUUUUUAGGGGGCGGGGCCACGCCCACUUUUCCAAAAAAAUUACGUCCAAAUAUGCCCCUUCCUAAUGUGAUCCUUUGUGCCAAAUUUCAUUUUAAUAUCUUUAUUUAUGGUUUAGUUAUGACACUUUAUAGGUUUUCGGUUUCCGCCAUUUUGUGGGCGUGGCAGUGGGCCGAUUUUGCCCAUCUUCGAACUUAACCUUCUUAUGGAGCCAAGAAAUACGUGUUCCAAGUUUCAUCAUGAUAUCUCAAUUUUUACUCAAGUUACAGCUUGCACGGGCGGACGGACGGACGGACGGACAGACAGACAUCCGGAUUUCAACUCUACUCGUCACUCUGAUCAAUUUGCUCAAACCUAUAACAGUCGUACGCAACUACACUAGACGGUGACUGAAAACUUAUCAAAAGUCAUACUUAAGCGUUGUACAGAUUUCCAUCUUGAUAUGGCGAAGUUGGUUGGACAGGGAUAUGACGGAGCAGCAAACAUGUCAGGGCAUUUAAGUGGAGUGCAAACCAGGAUAAGACAACUGUAUCCAAAAGCACGAUAUGUUCAUUGCGCUAGUCACCGAUUGAAUCUUGCGCUUUCUAAUACUAUAUCAUUACCUUCAAUACGGAACUGCAUUGGUAUUGUCAAUGAAAUAGAAAAUUUAUUUAGAAACCAUUCAAAUGCAAACACAACUUUCCAGGACGUUAUACAGAAGCACGCACCAGAAAGCAAAAAAAGACGACUUGUUCGCCUUUGUGAAACAAGGUUUAUAGAAAGGCAUGAAAGCUUUAUAAGCUUUAUGGAGCUUUUCAAAUUCAUUGUACUAAGUUUGGAAAUAAUUUCGAGUAAGACAUGGUCCAUUUCGUCUAAAGCACCAGCCUUCUUAGCAGCGGUAGAGAAAAGCGAUUUUUUGCUUAGUCUAUUCGUCUGUGAGCAAUUGUUCAGCUUAACGCUGCCACUGUCUGUGCAACUCCACGAAAAAUCUAUGGAUUUUGUAUCAGCAAUGAACCGAGCCAAAGAAUUAAUAAGAACUCUGCACCAGAUAAGAGAAACAGCGGAUGGUUUUUUCAACGAUAUUUUCCAAACAGCAUCACAAAUGUCUAAAGAUCUUUUUGACACUUCGCGUCAAACUACUCGUGCUAAUCCACCUUGCACAACCCCUGAAAGCCACUUCAGAGUUACAAUAUAUAUUCUAUGCGUUGAUGCUCUGAUUCAAAACAUGACAGAACAUUUAUUAGUGAAUGAGGAUAUACUCUCGUCAUUUCAAAUUCUACUACCAGGUUUUGCUGCAAUUGAUAAUGCCGAAGAAUUAAAAAAUUUAACUAUUUACUUCGAGGAGCAAAUAUCAAUGACAGCAUUAAAAUCAGAGUAUCGAUUGUGGUGUGCCAGCUUAUCAACAAUAGAUCCAACCAUAGAAGUGUUGAAAUUACUGCAACAUUGCGAUGCAACGUAUUUUAAAAAUAUUCACUACCUGCUUACAAUUUUACCAACUCUUCCAGUGACGACCGCUUCCUUCGAAAGAACUUCUUCAACCUUAAAAAGAAUAAAAACUUUACCACGCAGUGUGAUGGGCAAUGAGCGGCUGAGUGCACUUGCUGUUAUUGCAGUGCCCUGGGAUAUUAAAAUAGAUCCAGAUGAAGUAAUUAAUGAUAUGGCAAGCAAGAAGAAAAGAAAAAUAUUACUUAUUUAAGUUACAACUACCAAAUCAUUUAAGUAAUAUGUAUAUGAAUUUAUAUUGUUUUUUUUAAUAAACAGAAAAUUUAAAGUUGAUAUAUGUUUUUAUUUCAGCCCCCCCCGAAAUGAAAAGCUGGCUACGGGCCUG